CAUGACAAUCUCAAUCGAAGAAGUCAGUCAUACAUAAGUCCACCAUUUCUUUUUUUAGGGUUUUUCCUUUCAAUUGCUCAAAUGAAUUAGCUUUGAAUUUGAUCGUCAAUUGACUCGUUUGCGUCCUUCAAACGAGUUGUAUCCACUUCGUGCGAAAUUGACCAGAUAGCAUUGCACAAUUACAAAUGGGGUUGAAGAAGACCGAAGACAUUUCAAAAUUCCAGUGUGAAAAUGAUUGUGAAAGAGGGCCCUCACAUUUCAAAAUCAAAACCCUGCACCGCUCCUAUCACUUUCUCUCCCCCUUUCAUUAUAAAUCAAAUCCAUGCCCUGAUGAUAAUUGAUAAACCCAAGAAUUUGAAAUAAAGUAAUCUGUUUUCACAUCUUGAUUCUCUCUAAGGAUCAAUGGAGCGCGAUGAAUCGAGACUCGGAGCUCCAGGGGUGGUGUUGAAAGGAGUUCCGGCGUACGGCGGCAGAUACAUACAUUACAAUGUACUUGGAAACCUGUUUGAGGUUUCUUCUAAGUACGUUCCUCCGAUUCAGCCUGUUGGCCGUGGUGCUUACGGCAUCGUUUGUUGUGCUAAAAACUAUGAAACAAAAGAAGAGGUUGCAAUCAAGAAAAUUGGAAACGCAUUUGAUAACAGGAUUGAUGCUAAGAGAACUUUACGUGAAAUCAAACUCCUCUGCCAUAUGGAUCACGAGAAUAUUGUCAAGAUUAAAGACAUCAUAAGGCCACCAGAGAAAGACAAGUUCAAUGAUGUGUAUAUUGUGUAUGAAUUAAUGGACACUGAUCUGCAUCAGAUUAUCCGUUCUUCUCAAUCACUAACAGAUGACCACUGUCAGUAUUUUCUGUAUCAGUUAUUACGUCGAUUGAAAUACAUACAUUCAGCAAACGUAUUACACCGUGAUCUAAAACCAAGCAACUUGCUUCUUGAUUCCAAUUGUGACCUAAAAAUUUGUGAUUUUGGGCUUGCAAGAACAACAUCUGAAACAGAUUUCAUGACUGAAUAUGUUGUGACAAGAUGGUAUAGAGCCCCUGAAUUGUUGCUGAAUUGUUCAGAGUAUACUGCAGCCAUUGAUGUCUGGUCUGUUGGUUGCAUUUUAAUGGAGAUUCUUCUAAGGGAACCUCUCUUUCCUGGAAAAGAUUAUGUUCAGCAGUUGUCACUCAUCACCGAGCUUUUAGGUUCUCCAGAUGAUUCGGAUCUUGGAUUUCUUAGGAGUGAUAAUGCACGUAGAUAUGUUAAACAGCUUCCUCAUGUCCCAAAGAAGACUUUUCAACAAAAGUUUCCAAAUGUGUCUCCAGUGGCAAUGGACUUAGCUCAAAGAAUGUUGGUUUUUGAUCCUUCUAAACGCAUAACUGUUGAUGAAGCGUUAAACCAUCCAAUGGUGAGAAGUCUCCAUGAAAUCAAUGAGGAGCCUACGUGUCAAUCUCCUUUUGUGUUUGAUUUUGAGCAAGCGUCUUUAAGUGAGGAAGAAGUGAAGGAACUCAUUUGGAAAGAGUCUUUGAAAUUCAACCCGGAUAAGAUCAUCAUAACAUGAUGGUUUUUUGGGUUCAUUUUAUUAUGUGUUUUGCUUGUUUUUAUUUUUUUUUGUUUGUAUCAAUGAAUUCUUUGACAUAUAUUUUGUUGGGUGAUUAAAAAAUAAAGUCCCAUAGUUAUAUAUAAUCUAACGUUUAAUAGUA